UUACUGAGGUAAAUUUACAGACCAAGUGACAUUCAUACUCUCGCCGCCGCUGAAGUCAGGAGUAGAGGUUGUCAAAAAAAAAAGCCGAGCCAAUGACAGAACAACAAGCAGACGCGAGGUCUUACCUCAGCGAGGAAAUGAUCGCUGAGUUUAAGGCCGCAUUUGACAUGUUUGAUGCUGAUGGUGGUGGUGACAUCAGCACCAGGGAGUUGGGUCAAGUGAUGAAAAUCUUGGGUCAGAACCCCACCAGAGAAGAGUUGGAUGCCAUCAUUGAGGAAGUGGAUGAAGAUGGAAGUGGUACCAUUGACUUUGAAGAGUUCUUGGUCAUGAUGGUGAGACAGAUGAAAGAGGAGGCGAAAGGAAAGUCUGAAGAAGAGUUGGCAGAAUUCUUUCGUGUAUUUGAUACGAAUUUUGAUGGUUUCAUCGAUCGUGACGAGUUGUUGGCAAUCAUCAAGUGUGGUGAUGAGUGUGUUACAGAUGAGGAAGUUGAUGAACUGAUGAGGGAGGGGGACAGAAACAACGAUGGCAAACUUGAUUUUGAUGAAUGGGUGAAGAUGAUGGAGAAUGUCCAAUAAAUGACCAACAUUCCUCAGCAACCCAUCACUCUUUCUUUUCUGAAAGAAGCAUCUUGCACCUCUCCAACACAAAAUCAAUUGCUCCUAUUGUCUUAAGGCUCGGCCCUGCAUCCAAGAUCAUCAAGCAUAAAUGAUGCAUUAAUUCAACAAUUUAGUGAAUCGUGUGUUGUUACCUUCCUUCUGUAGCCAACUAAUCAGACAUCUGAUAUAUACAAGAUGGUCGCAAAGAACUCAAAUCUGUUAGCCAUGACUGGAGCUACACAUGAAACAUAUAGAAUUAUAGCUACUACAGUUCACUCUUAGUGAGGAAGAAGCAACCUUCUCUGUAUGAAACUCUGAAUGAUUUUGCUACCAGCAUAGAACACUGCACAAUUUAUUCAACACCCUUUCCUAAUAAAGUUAAUGUCAUCUUUUUCA